AUGGAACACAAAAACAUCGUCAUCCUCGGGGGGUCCUACGGCGGCAUAUCCACAGCCCACUACCUCCUCCGACAUGUUCUUCCCACGCUCCCCUCCCCAGAAUCAUACCAGAUCGUCCUUGUCAGCACUUCCUCUCAGACCAUGUGUCGACCUGCCUGUCCCCGCGCAAUGAUAUCGGACGACAUGUUCCCACAAGACAGACUCUUCGUCAACAUUGCCCCGUUGUUCGAACAAUACCCCAAAGGCCGCUUCCGGUUCGUCCAGGGCACUGCAAUCAAGCUCGACCACAGCAACAGGGCCGUCGACAUCCAAUCCAACGGCGACACACAGAAGAUCGAUUUCCACGCGAUCGUGAUCGCCACCGGUUCAUCGACCACCUCGCCGCUCAUGGGCUUCGACCGCGAUGAAUCCUUCCUCCGUGAGCAGUGGACUGCCCUCCGGGCCGCUCUACCAACAGCCAAGAGCAUCGUCGUCGCCGGGGGCGGUCCAACCGGGAUCGAAAUCGCCGGCGAGCUGGGCGAACACUUCAACGGGCGCUCGGGCUGCCACAACUCCAACCCCAAAGUCCCCAUCACCCUCGUCACGUCCAGCUCCCAGAUCCUGCCCGUCCUGCGACCAGCCAUCGCGAAAAAGGCAGAGAAAUUCCUCGCCGACGUCGGCGUGACAGUGAAAACGAACACGAGAGUGCAAACCGUCUCUCCGCCGGACGCAGGCAUGGCGAUCGUUGACAGCAAGGCGACCCUCACUCUGGACGACGGCUCAAUCCUCACCCCCGAUAUCUACAUCCCCGCGACCGGGAUCAGCCCUAACUCGGGGUUCCUGGACGCGGCGCUCCUGGCCCGCGACGGCCGCGUCCAAACCGACCACACGUGUCGUGUCGAUCAGGCAGGCCCGCGGGUCUAUGCGGUUGGGGACGUGGCGUCGAACGUGCAAGCCAAUUCCGUUAUAGCUAUCUUCUCCUGUAUUCCAGUGCUUUGUGCGAAUGUGAAACGGGAUUUGUUGUUGGCGGAGGGAAAGGAGGGAAGUGCUGCUGGCAGCGACCGGGUGUUCACCGAGGAUACGCGCACGAGCCAGAUCGUGCCGAUCGGGCGGAGUAAGGGCGUGGGAGAGGUGAUGGGAUGGCAGAUACCGAGCUUUCUGGUGUGGUUGGCCAAGGGGAGGGAUUAUUGGUUGUGGACGACGGCGGACGUUUGGAAUGGGAAUAAGUGGGCGAAGGCGUCUUGA